AUGGCGACGCGCAAGGAGGGGAGCAGAGGAAGCGUCAUCAUAGCAGGAGCAGGUCUUGCUGGCCUGACAGCAGCGAAGGAGCUUUGCGAUCGAGGAUACACGCCGACUGUACUUGAGGAGCGAAACGUGUUGGGAGGGAAGGUGGCGGCAUGGCAGGACGACGAGGGAGACUGGUACGAGACAGGUCUCCACAUCUUCUUUGGCGCGUACCCCAACAUGCUGCAGCUGUUCCAAGAGCUCGGCAUCCGCGAGCGGCUGCAGUGGAAGAAACACGCCAUGAUUUUCGCCAUGCCGCAGGCUGGGAGGUUUUCCCGUUUCGACUUCCCCAACCUGCCCGGCCCCUUCAACGGCCUCGUUGCCAUCCUGAGCAACAGCGAGAUGAUCUCUCUCCCCGACAAGCUCAAGUUCGGCAUCGCCCUCAUCCCCGCCAUCCUCAAGGGUCAGGACUACGUCGAGGAGAUGGACAACCUGUCCAUCAGCGAGUGGCUGAAGAGGAGAGGAGCGCCGCCCUCGAUCGAGCAGGAGAUCUUCAUCGCCAUGGCCAAGGCCCUCGCGUUCGUCGACCCCGACAAAGUGUCGGCAACGGUCGUGCUUACGGCCCUCAACCGCUUCCUGCAGGAGGGCGAUGGGUCGAAGAUUGCCUUCCUCGAUGGAGCUCCUCCUGAGCGGCUCUGCAAGCCUCUUGUCGAGUACAUCGAGGCGCGAGGAGGGCGGGUGCUGUUGAACAGGCCGGUUGAGAGGAUCGAGGUGGAGGAAAACGGUCUUGUCAGAGGACUGCGGGUGAGAGGCAUCAGAGACCCCAAGACAGGCGAGAUGCAGCAAACCGUCACCAUGAAGGCGGACAAGUACAUUAGCUGUGUUCCCGUUCACAUCUUCAAGAAACUUGUACAAGCUUGCGAUUUCGUUGCCCUCCCUCCUCUCACUGCCAGAUCCGCACCAGAUCCCCAAGGAGUGGAAGGAUGGAACCUCAAAACCAUGCCAGUCAUCAACCUUCACCUCUGGUUCGACAAGAAGAUCGACGACAAGAUGGAUCAGCUUCUCUUCUCUCGGUCAAAGUUGCUCAGUGUGUAUGCCGACAUGUCGAACUCCUGCAGAGAAUAUCACGACCCUGACAGAUCCAUGCUCGAGCUGACGCGGCGUCGUUAUAGCCCUCUUACUUGCCUGGCAGGGGAAUACGAGGAUUGGAUUGGAAGGAGUGACGAGGACAUUGUCUCUGCGACUAUGAAGGAGCUCGAGAUUUUCUUUCCUGAAUAUUUCGGAGAGGGAGCUGCCAAUCCGAUCCGAUUGAGGAAAUACAAGGUUGUGAAGACUCCUCUAUCGGUCUACUGGUCUAGACCUGGCAUGCAGAAGAAUCGGCCCUCGCAAGUAACUCCGAUCUCCAACUUCUUCCUCGGAGGGGACUACACGUUCCAGCGCUACCUCGCAAGCAUGGAAGGAGCCGUUCUCUCUGGCAAGCUCGUGGCUGAACACCUCUCUGUACGCUUCCUCUCCUCCUCUCCCUACUCUCCCUCCUCCCUCCUCCCUCCUCCCUCUCCCUCUCCACCCUUCCUCCCCUAG